CUUUACGUGGCGCCAAAGUUUGUUACCCCGUCUGUAAGGGGAUCUCCUCUACUAGUCGAUUGGUUCGGUGAUAAAGGGGCUAUUGGAAAAAAAUGGAUUAAAUCCAGUGGGAAAAAAAAUGAUGUUGAAGAUUCUAUUGCUAAGUAUAACGGCGAAUGGGAAAUAGAAGAGCCAACACAGAAGAUUAUUGAGGGGGAUAUGGGGUUAAUAGUGAAAACUAAAGCUCGCCAUCACGCGAUCGCAGCGAAGCUUAGCCGUCCGUUUCAGUUUGAUGGGCCGCCUCUGAUAGUUCAGUAUGAAGUCAAAUAUGAAGAUGGUCAAGAAUGCGGUGGAGGCUAUUUGAAAUUACUAACUGUAGGUGCAGAAAAUAACAUAAAGGAAUUUACGGACAAAACUCCAUAUACUAUCAUGUUCGGUCCUGACAAAUGUGGCCAAACUGCUAAAGUGCAUUUUAUAAUUCGUUUCAAGAAUCCAAAGAAUGGAGUUAUCACAGAACACCACGCGAGUCAGCCAUCUUCUUCAAUUUCUUCUUACUUUGACGAUCAUCGCACUCAUUUAUACACCCUUAUUGUACGACCCGAUGAAACAUUUACUGUCUUGGUCGAUCAUUCUAAGAUUAUGUCGGGUAGCCUUCUAACGGACUUGGAACCGUCAAUAAUUCCUCCUCCGAAAGUCGAUGACCCCACUGAUAAGAAGCCGAAAGAUUGGGAUGAGCGAGAAAUGAUAGAUGAUGUUAAUGCCAAAAAGCCUGACGACUGGGAUGAAGAUGCUCCAAAGGAAAUAGAAGAUGCUGAUGCUGUGAAACCCGAUGAUUGGCUGGAAGGUGAAGAAUCUCUGAUUCCUGAUCCGAAAGCUACAAAGCCGAAUGAUUGGGACGACGAAAUGGAUGGGGAAUGGGAAGCACCGAAAAUUGACAACCCGAAGUGUAAAAAAGUAUCGGGAUGCGGGAAGUGGAAACGACCAAUGAUCCCCAACCCAGCCUAUAAGGGGAAGUGGAAGGCACCGAAGAUUAAGAAUCCUGCGUAUAAAGGCAAAUGGACUCCUAGACAGAUUGAUAACCCAAUAUAUUUUGAACCUCAUCCGUACAUGGAAAUGCAGCACACUGCUGCUGUUGGCUUUGAACUUUGGACUAUGAGUGCAAAUAUUGUUAUCGAUAACAUAUAUGUAGGAACCGAUGAAGCUGCCGCAAAAGAUUUUGCCGAACAGACUUUCGAUUUGAAGAAGACGCAGGCCAAUGCCACCACACCAAGUCAAGGGAUCGUGAACAAGCUAGUAUCAGCGACUGAAGAACGCCCGUGGCUUUGGGCAAUUUACGUACUUGUAGUGUUAGUUCCCGUUGUUGGAAUAACCUUGGCAAUUAAAAGGAGAAGAACACGUGAUAUUGAUCAUAAAAAAACCGAUGAGGUUCAUUUACAGGAUUUCUUCAAUCAAAGCUCGGAUACUGGAUCUCGCUCAGCCAGUCCUGCUAGGAGCCAACAGAGUAGAAAAGCAGAUCUUGAAGAGGUUUUUUUGCUUUUUCUAACUUAA